ACUGGACUCUUCUUUAAACAACAACAGCCAGUCGGUCGUCACUAGUUACCACAGUCACAAAGUCAUAAUUAUGGCUAAACCUCGCCCAAUUCUCAAUUCUCCAACUUCUCUUAUUCAAUUCAGAUUUUUAAACCUAACAUAAUGCCUAACCUUAAAUGAAGACAACAAAAAAUGUAAUGUUUGUUUUCAUAUAUUGUUUUUACGAUAGCCGAUGUUGACUUUGUGGCUGUAGUAACUAGUGACAAGCCAACUAGUCAGCCAUGUUCUUUUAUAGUUAAAUGAUAAUGGUCAGCCACCUCGGUAGCUUGCUAGCUGAAACAUUGAAGCUCUUUACACUCGUUCAUGUACAUUAUCCACUGUGUUUUAAACUCACUUCUUCUGUCGUCUAGCUAGUUAUCCCAUUUAAUUUCAUAUGUGCUCUGUUGUUAUUAGUCAGAUAGCUGACUGGUUUAGUUCACUAGCCUAGAUAGCUAACUGUUAGCUAACAUCUCUGACCAUGAGUUCACUGAGCUGCUCUCCUCCUGAUGAAGAAGAGGAGGUCUGCUGGACGGAGAAAGAGGGUCUGUGGCUGAAUGUUGUUGUGAAAGAAGAAGAGGAAGAGGAGGAUGUCACAGUAACAAAAGUAGAGGAUGAGGAUGUUGCAGUGAAAGAAGAAGAGGACGAGAAAGAGGAGGAUUCCGAUUUUGGAGAGGAGGGAGACAUAACUGGUAUAUUGGAAGAAGAAGAAGAAGAGGAGGACGAGGAUCUGAUUAACCCCAGAGAGAGACGUGACUAUUGUGGAUCCUCUGGGGAGCCUCAACAACAUCCUGAAGCUGAUGAGGCAGAGGAGAGUCUCUUCACAUCAGAACACCUCAAGAAACACCAACGGAAACACACAGGGAAGAAACUUCAUCGCUGCUCUGACUCGUGA